GGCACGUUUGACCUUGUUUUUGUUGAUGUUUGAGAUAACUGCGACUGCGCGCGGUGCCUCGUUGCCGUUGGUGAUGCAGUUUGCAAAGAGAGGAGUUGUAAAAAAACGAAGAGGGGGAAGAAAGACUAUCCGAGACACAUAGUAGCCAGCUAGAAAAUAGAAGCUGCUAAUUGUUCUGCUUUUCAUAGUACGGAUAACCAACAUACCAAGCAAAAGGAGUGCUUCACUGUUUGGGUUGCGGAGGUGGGAGGGUGCAUUAGGUCACUGCCUGCCUCUGCUGGGAUUGUGUGCUUAAUUGGCCACACAGCCUGGCCGGUCGGUGUGCUCUUGUAACGCCCUUCACCCGCGGAGCAUUGCUCCAAAGCACGGCACUUUAAUUAGAAAAUCGCCAUUAUAUGAUCCAGCACCCUUCGUCGCUAUUGCCCUCCAUGUGGGCGCGGGACCCGUGUGUGUCAGAUUAUGGCGAGAAAAACAGUUAGCAGGAAAAGGAAGGCAGGCGAAUCGAAGGAACAACAGCAGCUGGGCUGGUUCCACUCGGGCCAUAAGCGCGCGCGGGUGUCGUGCUGUUCUCAGCGGUGGCAGCAGUCGUGGCGCUGGAAGCGCUCGGUGGUUUGGGCGCUGCGCGGGAGGGAGUCCCGGCCGCAGAUGCAGCAAGAGUGGCGUCUGGAGCGCAGCCUGAGGGGCUUCGCAGCCGGGAGGCUCCCGGGAAUCCUGCGCGAACGCCAGUUCUCCCUGGGCCGCCUCAACAAGGUGUUCGCCUCGCAGUGGCUCAACCACCGACAAGUGGUCUGUGGAACUAAGUGCAACACGCUGUUUGUGGUGGAUGUCCAGACGGGGCAGAUAACCAGGAUUCCCAUGCUGAAGGACCGGGAGGCUGGGGGUGGAGUGAGGCCGGCGGCGGGGUUUGGGGCCACCGCCCUGGGCUCCGUGUCCGGGCUGGACCAGCAGGGCUGUGGGAUCCAUGCCAUCGAGCUGAACCCCUCCGGCACCCUGCUGGCCACCGGCGGAGACAACCCCAACAGCCUGGCCAUCUACCAGCUGCCCACCCUGGACCCCGUCUGUGUCGGAGAUGAGGGACACAAUGACUGGAUCUUCUCCAUCGCCUGGAUCAGCGACACCAUGGCUGUGUCAGGGUCCAGGGACGGCUCCAUGGGGCUGUGGGAGGUGUCGGAGGAGGUUCUGGGCCAGUCCGAGAGGCACCAGGACUCCAAGGGAGUCCCCAGCUAUUCCCACAUCUCCCACCGUGCCCUGAAGGACCUUCCCAAAGAGUACACCAACCCGUUCAACUGCAAGGUCCGCGCGCUGGCCUUCAACCACCACAACAAGGAGCUGGGCGCCGUGUCUCUGGACGGCUACUUCCACCUGUGGGAGGCCGAGCAAAGUCUGUGCAAGGUGCUGUCUACGAAGCUGCCGUACUGUAAGGAGAAUGUGUGCCUGGCCUAUGGGCAGGAGUGGUCCGUCUACGCCGUGGGCUCCCAGGCCCACGUCUCCUUCCUGGACCCCCGUCAGCCCGCCCACCACAUCAAGUCCGUCAGCUCGCGGGAGCGUGGCAGCGGUAUCCGCUCGGUGAGUUUCUACGAGCACAUCGUGACGGUGGGCACGGGGCAGGGCUCGCUGCUCUUCUAUGACAUCAGAGCCCAGCGCUUCCUGGAAGACCCCUCCAGCCCCGCCCAAGGCUUCCGGCCACGCCCUGGGGAGGGCGUCCUCAAACUGUCCACGGGUAGCGGCUGGCUGAACCAUGACGAGACAUGGCGGAGUUAUUUCUCGGACGUCAACUCCUUCCCCAACGCGGUGUACACCCACUGCUACGACUCCUCGGGCACCAAGCUCUUCGUGGCCGGAGGGCCCCUCUGCUCCGGCCUCCACGGGAACUACGCCGGGCUUUGGAGCUAGCGCCCUUCUCCCUCACCCCUCCUUCCCUCCCUCCCUCUCUCCACCUCUCCGCAGGACUGCAUUCAUCCCUCGUUCACGCCUGUAGCGGAUCUGUGCUUCUCUCUCCACUCACUCUCAGGCCUAGCUCUUCCUCUAACCCAUGUGCACGUUGUGUCUACCUUUAGUUUGCGUUUAUUUCAGCAGGUUAGGUUGUCUCGCGGCUGAAUUUGUGAUUUUUAGGUAGGUGGGGGCAGUCCCUCUUUCAGCAGCGAAGCCCCCCUGAGAUGGAGAACGUAAGAGGGGGAUGAAACUGAGGAAGGGAGGGUGAAAGAGAGGAGUCUUUCCUGGGCCUGAUUGAGCAGGGAGCUUGGAUAUGCUCCAUGGGGUUUUUGUUUAUUGGGGCUCCUUGAGUUUGUGCACAUUUUCUGGUCUGUUUUAUUUUCUCUGAAUGGUCAAGGGGGGCACCUGUGUUUUACAGAAUGGUUCAACAAUUACAAAGGAUGGGAGGGCAAAUAGGAUAAAUAAUGGACAAAAGAAUACACUUUACUUUGGAGCGAAUGCAUACAGUGUUUGAUCAGGUAACUUACGGACCGUCUGUUUCUUGCUUAGAUUCAUGUGUCAGUUUUCUGGUCUACGGUCAUUUAUUUCUGGUCUGUACGGAAACGACCCCCCCCCCCCCCCGCACCCUGAACGUUUGACCGUGCUGGUACAGUCGUGUCGACCUCGACCUCGCCCCUGCCCCCCCAGGCUCUGUCGCUGUCAAGUGACCGCUGUCUUCGGAUUGGGAUUUAUCGAGUUGACUCUACCUUUGUUCGGACGCGGUCCCAUCAGCCCGGUCCUCGCCCCGACCCCUGUGGAUUUAGCACCUGAAGCUUUGCCCUCAAUUGUGUUAGUCUCAGAACGUCUCCACGUGCGCUCUCUGCGCAGGACUGUGUGCAGAAUGAACAAAUCAAUGGUGUUUUUCAUCCUUUCUUUCAUAACAUGGGGAUCGUAAGGGGAAUGGGAACACUGUAGCGUCACUUUACCAGUAAACUAAAUGGGAGCUGAGCUCAGCCAAUCACAAAGCAUCAACCAAUAGAACAACGCAGACAGCGAUUGGUGGAUGUACGUUCCCUGUGGGCAUUCAGGAAGUAGUAUCCACCAAUCACCAUCAUCAUUGUUCUAUUGAUUGUUAGCAACAUGCUUCCUGAUUGGUGUAGCUCUGCUCUGCUGUCUAAGAUUAAGAUGUAUUAUCCGCUUUUAUUAUCCAUGCCACAAAACAGGAAGGGCGAUUAGGAGCAGAUGAGCGCUGAAAUCUGGCCUUGUUGAGAUGCAUCAGUCUCAAGGAAUGAGUACUACCCUGAUUUUUCCCAUUAUUUUAAUCAUUUUUGACUCAGCCAUGUAUAGAUUGGAUAUUAUCUAAAUGUUAUCAGCUUUAUUAUUAUUAUUAUUAUUAUUUAUUCCUCUUCCCCCUGCUGACCAUAUAUCUAUAGACUGCUUAUGAUGUACUGUUUUGACCACUGUUAGUACCCCCACCACCACCAUGCUGGAGGUGUGAUUCUCAGUCACCUUUUGUGCCCCCUGUUGGUCAAAAGCAGGACUUGCGUGCAUUAAUUUGUUGCCAGCGGUCUUUCUGUGAAAGAUUUUAUUAGGCACGCAAUCGUUCAGCAUUUUCCUCACCUUACUUCUCUUUCUUUGGCAUGGUUCUAUCCCUGGAGUUGUUUGUAUAGUGUGGACAUAAGCUCUAGAAGUUUAUUUAAAGUAAAUUAAUAACCGUCACUUUUAAAAUUUGGUUUUAUAUAUAAAUGUGUACAUUUAUGUGUGUGUGGGGGGGGGAGAAAAAAAAACUAGACGUCUGCAUACGUUUAUAUGUAUGGGGAAAGUAUUUGGACUAUUCCAUCUUUAUUUUGGGGGUGUCCUCUUUCUAUACACACUACAUGAAUGUUUUUACAAAUGACUGAGUCAGAAGGUGUACAACCUCAUAUAUAAAAAAAGAAAAUAAAAAAAGAAACAAGAACCCAGGAAAACUUUCGAAAAUAAUGAAUAAAAGGCUACUGAUGUACUUUUUUCUGAACAUUA